GCGCCAGCACCAGACCCGCGCCCCGCGCUCUCCGGCCUGCCGCCUGCGUUCUGGCUCGCGAGCCCGCACUCUCGCCCUGCCUGUGUGCUGCCCGAGGAUGGAGCUGCUGUGCUGCGAGGGCUCCCGGCACGCGCCCCGGGCCGGGCCGGACCCGCGACUGCUGGGGGACCAGCGUGUCCUGCAGAGCUUGCUCCGGCUGGAGGAGCGCUAUGUGCCCCGCGCCUCCUACUUCCAAUGCGUGCAGAGGGAGAUCAAGCCGCACAUGCGGAAGAUGCUGGCGUACUGGAUGCUGGAGGUACCGCCGGGAGCAGCGCUGUGAGGAAGAAGUCUUCCCCCUGGCCAUGAACUACCUGGAUCGCUACCUGUCCUGCGUCCCCACCCGCAAGGCGCAGUUGCAGCUCCUGGGUGCGGUCUGCAUGCUGCUGGCCUCCAAGCUGCGCGAGACUACGCCCCUGACCAUCGAAAAACUGUGCAUCUACACCGACCACUCUGUCUCUCCCCGCCAGCUGCGGGACUGGGAGGUGCUGGUCCUGGGGAAGCUCAAGUGGGACCUGGCUGCUGUGAUUGCCCAUGAUUUCCUGGCCCUGAUUCUGCACCGGCUCUCUCUGCCCCGUGACCGACAGGCCUUGGUCAAAAAGCAUGCCCAGACCUUUUUGGCCCUCUGUGCUACAGAUUACACCUUUGCCAUGUACCCGCCAUCCAUGAUCGCCACGGGCAGCAUUGGGGCUGCAGUGCAAGGCCUGGGCGCGUGCUCCACAUCAGGGGACGAGCUCACGGAGCUGCUGGCUGGGAUUACAGGCACUGAAGUGGACUGCCUGCGGGCCUGUCAGGAGCAGAUUGAAGCUGCGCUCAGGGAGAGCCUCAGGGAAGCUGCCCAGACCGCCCCCAGCCCAGCGCCCAAAGCCCCCAGGGGCUCCAGCAGCCAAGGGCCCAGCCAGACCAGCACUCCCACAGAUGUCACAGCCAUCCACCUGUAGCCCCGGAGAGGCCCCCUCGAGUGGCCACCGACAGCAGAGGAGGGGACACUGCCAUCCCCCCUCCUGCCUGCAGAAUGAACCACAGGCCACAUCUGAAGCCCGAGGGGGCUCCUUCCUGUUCGCCCCUCACAAAGCCGAAGGGGUCUGGUCCUACCUAUCCCUGCAGUGUGCACUAAAGUGCCUGGCCUGCCAUGUUUGGGUGGCUCGUCAGGCUCCUCCUCCUCAUGGUGUCUGACCAGCUCAGCUCCUUCCCUGAUUCUAGCUGGGGGUGGGCCAGGCUGAUCAGAGACGACGUUGAAGUAGGUAAUAUACUUGUACCAGCAUUCCUUCUGGAGGCCCCCUUCUCUCUGGGGCUCUCAUGUUCUCAACUGCCAAAAUGCCCCAGUGCCUUGUGAAGGUGUUGCACCUUCUAGUUACUGCAUUUGGAUUGGGGUCUUUCUGAAGAAAUUUCACGUUCUGAUAGACGGUGUGAGGGGAAAUAGUCUAGAUGGCUCCUCUCAACACACUUUGGAGGCCCUGCAUAAUCUGUGUUCACAGCUGCUCCUAGAGGGAGGGGCCCAGGCCUCUGUCAGGGGCAAGAACCAACCAAUUCCUCCUUGCUUUGCUUUCCGCUCAGCUUCUCUUGUGUGAUUGAGGGGGGUCAGUACUGAAGGAAGAGGUUGUUUUAAUUUAUUAAUUGCUUUGAGUACAACUGUAAGAGGGUGUGGUGGGGCCCGUCUCCCCCACGAGUGGUGGUGACCCUGGUGGUUGCUGCAUCCCUCCGCUGCUACUGGCUAGAGGAUCUUUGUGGCCGAGGAGCUGCUACAGCCUGGGGUGGGGCCGUGCCCUCCUCUCCCUUUGGCUCUCUGCCCCCUCCUCCAGGGGGGGCAUGAAGCAGGGAUGACCUGGAGGUGACUGAGACCCCUGUCUGGAGAGGGAGGCAAGCCCUGUUGACACAGGUCUUUCCUAAGGCCACAAGGUCCAGGCUGGUGGCCCAGGACCAUCAUGCUACCUUAAUAAAGAUUCUGGAAUAAAACUGGCUUCCGCUUCUUGGA